CAACGGGGAGAGACGCGUGCGUGCCCCUGAGGCCUGGGACGUGUCACGUUCGGGGGCGAUAAUUUCGUCAAGGACGAUUUUAUCGGAAAUCAUCAUCGUGAGACAAGAAACUCAAGAAUUUAUCAAGCAUCACUUCCGCGAGACAGAGAUCUCCCACAAAAAGAAUUUCCCGAAGGACUCACGGAAUUUUUUUUCCAUUCUCAUCGACCACCGAGACAACCCCCAGCAAAUUAAAAUGGCUGUGAUUGGCCGAGUUGGAUGAUUACAACAGUAGAACAAUAGGAGACCACGGCAGUCCGUCCAAGAUCGGGAUUCGUAAAAGUUUGAGCUGUUCGUUGAGAAAACGCAGAAACGUUCGGACGAAGGGAUGAUCCGACGUUACGCGCUGGUGCGCGAGAAACUUUGCUGAUCGCCGGAUUCUGCACCCCGCGGGGCACGCGCGGGGGGUGGAAAAAGAAAAUCGUCGUCGGGAUUGAGGGCGAGAAGAGUGAGGAGGGAUUUGCCGAGUAAAUCGGGAAAGUGUCCUCGCAAGAGAUGAGGUCCUAUGAUGGCGAGAGUAGCUCGACGGAGGACGACGAUCGCAGGGAGGGCCUGCCGGAGCCGCAUCUACAGCAAGGAUCCUGGCAACGCACUGCGUCACAUCCUACCUGGGCCUGGGAGCAUCGCAAUGCCCAUCCAUUGCCUCCACAAUCCGCGGCAGCUCUCGAGUCCGUGUAUUCAACACCAGGGGCUUCGCACCCGGGUGUGUCAGGCCCACCGGCAGCGUAUUCAUCAGAGCAUACUCAAAGUGCACCAGGACGGAGGACUCCGCUGGGUACCGUAGGUCUCGGUGGCUUUUACUUUCAGCAGCAACCGCAACCCCACGCCUCGUCGAGCGCGUUGUCUGAUGAAAAUCGACCGGACGAGAGACCUUCAGCUUCGCGACUGAACUGCCCUCCGAAGAGGCUGAACAUUAACGCGCGAGAACGCAGGAGAAUGCACGACUUGAAUGACGCACUGGACGAGCUUCGCUCCGUCAUCCCUUAUGCUCACAGCCCUUCGGUGAGGAAGCUGUCCAAGAUAGCCACCCUGCUGCUGGCAAAAAAUUACAUUCUUAUGCAAGGAAACGCCUUGGAGGAGCUCCGAAGAGUAAUCGCCGUCCUGCAAUCGCCACACGCGCACACCACCGCCUUGCCACCCACGCCGGUCUCUUACGACCUCCUACAGGGAUUCCCCGGCAAGUUGUUCCAAGGGGUGCAGGAGAUGCAGGGAUUACCCACGAGCGAACCUCAGAUCGUGACUGGCCCUCCGACUGACGGCACGGUCGCCAGCGGAGAAUCGAAUUAAGGAGUCAAUUUUUUUGUCCCUUUUUUCUGCGGCUCCACUUCUUCUUUAUUUUUCCGUAAAAGACUUUCUCCAUGAAUCGAUCGCACGAAAAUUUGAACUAUGCAAUUAAAUCGAUAAGAACGUCGAAAAAAUCAAAUAGCGAGAUGUACGAUUCAAAGUUUGUAGAAGCAAAAAAGUGACGGUAAUUAAUGUAAGAUAAUUAAUGAUGGAUUUUUAGAGAUGAAGAUAAUGGAAAUACGAAGGCAUUUUUAAAGAUGAAGAUAAGAAGUACUUUCAAGAAUGGAAACGCCUUUGGAUAUGAAAGUAUUAAUUAAUAGAGUAUUACUGAAGUGCUAAUUAAUUCCUCGAGAGAGAGAAAAAAGAGAGAGAAAGGGAGAAGAAUAGAUUAGCCUUUUAAAUAUUAAGUAUAUCAUUUAUCCACAAAAUCAAAACGCGGAAAAACGAAUCGUACAAUUUUAUCUUUUUCGUGCAAACAAGAGGAUUGAAAUAAACUGUAAUAGACAAAAGAAAUGUCACAUUUAAAGAAAAAAUUAACAUUGAGACAUUAAAAAAGAAACGCUGAAAAGAACUAUAUAAUAUAUACAGGGUAGUCUGUAAGUAUAUUGAAAGAUUUUAAAGGGUGAUUUCUUACAUUAAUUCAUGACUAUGCGUCUGAAAGGCUUAUUUUUAAAGAUACAGAGUGUAAAAGUUGAAGGAAAAAUUUCAUUUUUUCCACAAAAAUUCGAAAACCAUUCGGGUUAAUUUAAGAAAAUUGUGUAAAAUUUCAUUAAAAUGAUCCGAGUGAUUUUUGAAAUUUUUUGAAAAAAUGAAAUUUUCUUUUAACUUUGACACCCUGUAUCUUUGAAACUAAACUGUUUUGGAUAUAUAAAGUUUCAUUUCGAAUUAAUGUGAAGGAUCAUUCUUUAAAUCUUUUAGAAUACUUAAGGAUUACCUUGUAUAUGCAUAUAUACAAUACAUAUUACACAUAUUUAGACUCUAAGAAAACAACUUCUCAGCGAAAAAAAAAAAUAAAAUAAAAUGUACGGUGUUUUCAAGUAGCACCAAUUCCCUCCAGUGGAUUAAGUAAGCUCACUUUGAAAUCCAGAUGAAGUCUGGAUAAAAGUAUUGCGAAAGUACUAGCGAUUAAGUGAUUAAUACUGUCACAAUCUUACAGUCAAUGAUGCAGCAAUAAGACGAUAUGGCGCCGUUUUCGUUCAUCCGAUAAUCGAUUCUCGAAGAGACAGCAUCCCAAUCGCUUAAUAGUUCUUUGUACUUCCUUCAUGAAAAAGUGUAGAUUUUAUUCUAAAGAAAAAUUCUCUUUUCUUUAGAAUAAAAGUCUUUUCUUUAGAGUAGAGUCUUAAAAGUUUAGAAUAGAAGUCUAUCUGGAUUUGCGAAGAUAAAGGAAUCGCGAAGAUGAAAAGAUUCGAGGAGAUUGGAAGGAUUUUUUUGCGAUGUUUAAGGAUUUCUGAUUUUCGAAUCAAACGGAAGGACGAGAACGUCGCCAAGGCUCGGGACGCGAAGCGCUUCCGAGUCUCGUCCUGAAACACGAUAGUCAAUAUUAGUAUGUGAUACGUAUGUCGAGGAGUUCUAGUCGUAUAUACAACAUAAAGAUAUUGAAUAUUCAUAUACACAUAUACAGUAUAUAUAUAUAUAUAUAUAUAUACAUAUAUAUAUUUAAUAAUCUAAACGACGCAUCGACUUACGACUUAUUUAUAUACUUAAGAGUCUCUACACUAUACAAUGUGCCAAUAAGGAUUUGUUCGCUUUGAUGAGCGAACGAGUGAGAGAGUGCGAUGUGAGAUGAGAAGCGAGAGAGAAACAUGGGAUUGGAAGGAAAAUGAAAAUUAUUUAUUGUGCUAUUUAUAAGAGAUAUCGUGCGAUUUUCUUUUUUCUUGAAAUGCCACCCUCUUUCGCCGAGGAGGAAAGUAAGGAUGAAGCAGCGUCUCAACGAAGACAAGGAGGAUAUACCUGUUGUAGAAUGUAGAUAAUAAUUGUUUAGUGCUCUCGAAUAAAAUCUAUUUAAGAAAAUCGCA